AAAAUGGGAGGACUAACUUGUGAAUAAUACACGGCAACUCCGUUCCACAUUUUACCCUUCUUUCUCCUCUUCUUUUGGUUGCUGUGCAGCACAGAACCCUAAUUUCUCGACGCGAGUACUAGGUCAGAAGGCAUGAGCACGCCAUCAACAGCGGCAAACAGGCCCCGUUCGGAAGCAAUUGGCCGGGCAUGAUGCCGGCUUGGUGAAUUGUGCGCAGAUACCUCCGUUCCCAAUCGGCGGUGGUAAAUCCAUCGGAAGAACAAGGAUUUAGGGUUUUCAUUCUAUUUCUCAAACAAAAAGGAAAAACAAAACAGGGCUACUUUUGUGCUGGUCAAUUAAGUAUCACAUUCAAGUUGACUGGAGUCGAGUUGAGUUGAGGCCAAGAUGGGAGUUUAUGCAGUUGCAGUCUGCCUCUUCUUCUCCCUCUCGGUUGUGUUGUGUCUCCGCAUCCCUAAUCUCUCUUCAGACAUUGAAAAAGACACUAUCUUAUUGUCAGUAUGCCACCCCGGAAAUCAGCCCAAUCCUCGCACUCUCAGAUCUGAUCAGUUAACUGUUCUCAUCAAUGGCUAUUCCGAGUCCCGCAUCCCUCUGCUUCAGUCCAUUGCUGCCUCUUACUCCGCAUCCCCGGUGGUAUCCUCUGUGCUGGUUCUCUGGGGUAACCCCUCCACCUCACCCCUUACUCUUUCUCAAUUGGCAUACAAUCUGUCGGUUUCAUCCUGGGGCGAUGCUGCCAUCUCCCUCGUGCCUCAACCGUCAAGCAGCUUGAAUGCCCGGUUCCUGCCGAGGUCGUCGAUUGGUACCCGUGCCGUUCUGGUGUGUGAUGAUGACGUGGAAGUGGAUUUGAAAACGGUGGAAUUCGCAUUCAGGAUGUGGAAGGGGAAUCCAGAUCGUUUAAUUGGGAUAUUCGUGAGAUCGCAUGAUAUAGAUAUGACAAGGAAGGAGUGGAUUUAUACGGUGCAUCCGAACAAGUAUUCUAUAGUGCUCACCAAGUUCAUGAUGAUGAAGAGGGAGUAUUUGUUCAAGUACAGUUGCGGAGGAGGUUCCCCCAUGCAUGAGAUGAGGAAGAUGGUUGAUGAGAUGCGGAAUUGCGAGGAUAUUCUGAUGAACUUUGUGGUGGCAGAGGAGACAAAUACAGGGCCUUUAAUGGUGGGAGCGGAAAGGGCCAGAGAUUGGGGAGACCCAAGAAAUGAAGAUAGCGACGGCGAUGGCUUAAGACUAGUAAGAGACGUGGGGUUGAGCAGUAGGAAAGCAGAGCACCGGAAGAGGAGAGGGAAAUGUAUAACUGAGUUCCAUAGAGUUUUGGGAAGGAUGCCCCUCCGAUACAGUUACGGUAAGUUGGUUUCUUCUGUUGGAGAACAAGGCCUUUGUAAGAAAGGCUCCAAUUUGGUGCUUUGUGACCAUUGAAUUCAUCUUUUGUUUGUGUCACUUUACAAUGAAAUACAGUGUAGUAUAGGAUAGUGUGCGAAUACUCGUCAUGGUGACACAGUUACAGUAAAACAAACUAAUAAUCAACAUUGAUCAAUGAUAAUUGAGUAUCCUUAGAUUGUUAAGAAA